UCACAAGUUUACGUCUUUCCUUCUUCAACAAUGAAAGCAUCCUUGAUCUCUAGCCCUGUGCUUCCUGCUAGGCGGUUUUCGAUCCACCCUCCUCGCCGGAUACGAUCACUUGGACGUGUAAACAUGGAAGUUAGCGCAAGCAGGAAAGCGGAUGACCGAUAUUAUGACGGGAGGCUUGUGGACAAGAAUAUAAUAGUCCUAAGAAUGCGCAUUAAGGAGAUGAAAAUGAUGGAAACAAGCCACGAACCACCUUCAGAUUGGAUGGAGUGGGAGAAGAAGUACUAUGAACAUUACUACGAGGAUGUCUGUGAAGCUGUAGGGUUGUUACAGUCCUAUUUGAUGAAUACUAGGCCAUCUUUGGCGUUGGGGAUGGCGGCUCUCGUUGCAUUGAGUGUGCUCAUUUCAACUUUUGUGGUGAUGCUCAAUGUUAUAGAGAUAGCUAAGGGUGUUUUUUCUUUUGUUUCAUUUAGCUAGCUUCAUCUGAUUUAGUUCUUCCAAAUACUGAAGUUUUUAAAAGUAUUGGGCUAAAUUGUUUUGUAUAUAGGAAUUACUUGUGUAUGUGAAGACAGUCUAACUCGACUCAACCGUAAGUUUGUUCUAUUAGAAUAGUUUUAUAGUUUUAAAUCAUAAAAAAGAGUCUCUAUGCACGAUGAUAUAGGAUUGUGUUUGUUAUUUAUUCUCCCCUAAACUUUGUACGAAACAUCUA